ACAAUGAUCCGGAAGACAAUGGCAGAAAUUGACAAAGAAGGGGAAAUUCAGCCUGAUGGAACACUACUUGUGGGAGGCCAUGCGAUAGCCGUCAUAUACUUUAGAGCUGGUUAUGCACCAACUGAUUAUCCUUCAGAAGCAGAAUGGAGAGCUAGACUACUGAUGGAGCGUUCAUCAGCCAUUAAGUGUCCUUCCAUAUCUUAUCAUCUGACGGGAACCAAGAAAAUACAACAAGAACUUGCAAAACCUGACGUGCUUGAGAAAUUUCUUGAUAACAAAGAGGACAUUGCCAAAUUAAGAAAAUGCUUUGCUGGACUUUGGAGUCUAGAUGAUGCAGAUAUUGUUGACACGGCUAUUGAAAAGCCACAUCUAUUCGUGAUGAAGCCCCAAAGAGAAGGCGGAGGAAACAAUAUCUAUGGUGAUGAUGUGAGGGAAGCCCUCCUUAGACUGCGGAAAGAUGGAAAAGAAGAACAAAAUGCUGCCUACAUUCUCAUGCAGAGAAUCUUUCCUACAGAUUCGGCCACAUUUUUGGUGCGUGAUGGAAUCUGUCAUAAAGAUCAUGCCAUAUCAGAACUUGGAAUCUACGGCACUUAUCUGAGGAAGAAGGAUAAGGUUAUUGUAAAUGAGAAAAGCGGUUACUUGAUGAGGACAAAGGUGUCUUCAUCAAACGAAGGUGGAGUUGCAGCUGGAUUUGCAGUUCUGGACAGUAUAUACUUGACUUAAAUUAUAGAAGCAUUGUCAAAGCAGAUGCAAGUUUUUCUUUAUACAAUUGGAGAGGAAUGUUGGUGCUGAGUGAAAGUACUUGCAUUAUUUCAAUAUUCAGAUACAUUUAUACAUUACAAUCCAGUCAGCCAUUCUGUCCUUCAUGUUUCUCAGAGGAUUCCUCAUUAUUUUGAAUGGAUCCUCUGUAGUUUUACUUGCAACAUGAUACGACCAUGCAAUAUAUGAAUUCCAUGAUA